GACCGCUGGAUCUACUCCGCAGAAUAUGAGAUAUAUGCAUCAACCGAUGCGGUACCAGCAGAGUCUAUAUCCGGUUCCUCCCCCGCACGUGAUGUCGUACCAGGCUCCACCGCCAAGACGUCCAUUGCUUCCUAGGACUGAAGGAUACCUUCUGGCUGCACAGCCCGUAUACGGACCGCAGCAGCGUCGCUUGCGCCCUUAUGUGCCAGGAUCGCAGAGUUCCCAGUCCGGUGUCUCAAACUUACUCGAACGGACAUGGUAAUACUCCGGUCAUCGUGCCCAAGGCGCCUUCCGCAACCUUGGACCUAGUGGAGGCGAAGCCUGACCAGGACUCACUCCUUACCUCCGAAGCACCUUCUGCUAGAGGCACGCCACAGGCCGGAGAAAGUGAUGAAGGCCGCCACCGGACUCAUCACUUCUACACUGCUGUAGCCCAAGUUGACGGACUAUAUCACUGCCCAUACGAGGAGGAGGAGACUUGCCAGCACAAACCGACCAAAUUGAAGUGUAAUUACGACAAAUUCAUUGAUUCACAUGUCAAACCCUUCCGAUGCAAGGUCGAAUCGUGCGCGACCCAACCCUUUUCUUCCACUGCCUGUCUCCUGCGGCACGAAAGAGAAGCACAUGGAAUGCAUGGACAUGGAGAUCGACCGCACCUCUGCUUCUAUCACGGCUGUGAGCGCCGUAUACCUGGUAACGGAUUUCCGCGCAGGUACAACUUGUUCGACCACAUGAAGCGAGUACACGAUCACAAGGAUGAUCCUUCAACGUCGCUGGACAGUCCGACUAUGACCACGCACCCUGGUAUUCAGCGACGGACCGCGGGGCGAAAACGAAAGGCGUCUGAUGCCGGUGCCGGAGAACCAGCGCCUCAGCGGCAGAAGCCCAGCCCUAGCCCGGCCAAUGGAACCAUGUCUAACAUUACUCCGUUACAGUCCAUGCCAUUGCCACAUGGUCAGAAGGAAGCUUCUCCGUUUGCACGUGGUUCCUAUUCGCUUAGGAAGACUCCGGAAGAGGUUGAGCAUUUGCAGGCUCAGUGGGCUAACCAGCGUGAUCUUCUUGUCCGGCAGAUGGACUCCGUCCAGAGCCCUAAUGAUGAGGCCAACCUCCAUCGAUUGAGCCGGAAUAUUGCUGAGUUGCGGCGACUGUCAGAAGAAGCUCGGCGCGGCUGAAAAUUUGUGCCUUGACGGCUAGGUAAAGGUAGGUCUU